AUGCCUGUUUUCCGUUACGCGUCCACCGACUCGGUCCCCGUGUCCGUUUUCUCCUCCUCGUCGGCCCACGAUUUCGACACUCUCGUCGCGAAUCAACCGAGGGAAGCCGACGUUUUUUAUGAUUACGCCCCUCGGCUCCCUCCGGCCGUCACCUCGCCUGACGGAACGCUUCUCCAGGGGUUACUUGCGCUGCAAGUAACCAUUUUUCCAGGCCGAGGCAUAUGCAUCGGCGUAGCCAACCACCACGCGAUCGGCGAUGCCACCUCGAUCGUGGGCUUUAUUCGGGAUUGGGCCUCGACAUGCAAACUCGGAGUAGUUCAAAAUUCUCGUCCGAUUUUCGAGAGGGACCUCAUCAAGGGCCCACCGGGAUUGGAUUCGAUUUAUUGGAACAACAUGAAACGUGUCCCCUUCGGCAAAUCGUCACCUUUUCCCCUGCCUACAAACAGGGUUCGGGCGACUUUCGUUCUCGACCGAGCCCGAAUCAAGAAACUCAAGGAUUUGGUGGUUGCCAAAUUUCCGAGCUUUCCCCACCUUUCGUCUUUUGUCGUGACUUCGGCUUACGUUUGGACGUGUUUUGCGAAAUCACUUUCGGCCGGCGAGGAAAACGAAAACAGAGUGAAUGAUGAUGAUGAUGAUAAUGAGAUGGAAUUUUUUUUGUUUUCAGCAGAUAUACGGGCCCGUCUAAGCCCGCCAUUGCCCGAGAGCUACUUCGGCAACUGCUUAUCAGGCGGGGUGCCGAAAAUCCGGCACCAUGAGCUAAUCGGGCCUGACGGGUUCUUCUUGGCGGCUAGGGCCAUAGCCGAUGAGAUAAAAAACAAAUUGAAUGGUAUGGAUAAAAUCACGGAGUGGUUUGAGAAUGGGCCGAAGACUAUAAGGUCGGUUUUGGGCAAGCGUUUGUUUUCCGUGUCUGGAUCGGCUAGGGUUGAUUUGUACGGUGCGGAUUUCGGGCUUGGGAGGGCCCGAAAGGUGGAGACUUUGUCGAUUGAUGGGGAGAAAUAUUCGAUGUCGUUGUGUAAGCCGAGGGAUUGUGAGGGAGGUUUGGAGGUUGGUAUGUCUUUGCCUAAGGAAGUAAUGGAUGUGUUUGUUGGUCUUUUUAAUGAUGGGUUUUAA